CCAGGUGGAGGAGAACCAGCCAGUCCAGCCAGCUCAGUCUUUCGCUCUACCAUCGCCAGCCUUCCCUCGCUAGCCUCAGCUCCAGCACCGCCCUUACAACCGUCACCAUGAAGUUCCUCUCCAUCCUCGCUCUGAUCGCGCCCCUCGCUUUCGCCCUCCCCACCUCCGUCGUUGAGGCUCCCGUCGAGGACGCUGCCGUCGAGGCCCGCCAGAGCUGCUACUCCAAGUGCGGCUCGGUAUGCUACACCGCCGCACAGGUCACCGCUGCCCGCAACGCGGGUGCCAACCACGUCAGGCAAGGCACCCAGGCUGGUAGCUCGACCUACCCCCACGUCUUCAACAACCGCGAGGGCUUCAACUUCCUGAACAACCCCACCUACUACGAGUUCCCCAUCAAGACUAGCGGUGUCUACACUGGUGGCUCCCCUGGUGCUGACCGUGUUGUGUUCAACUCUGCUGGAACGCGUUCUGGCGAGAUUACGCACACUGGUGCUAGCGGUAACAACUUCGUCAAGUGCACAGGAUGGUAGAUGCUGUGAGGCCAGUGGCUGGGCUAGGGGAUUCGUUAUGCCCUAAGCUUGAAGGCGCGACCGUUGAUGAGUUUAUGAUGUUGAGAGAUACCUUUUGGAGCGUUGUUAGCAGUCUAUGAAUCAAUUGAGUAUGUUGAGAUUUGAUCCAAGUGUUGUAAAGCUUGAGUUUGUUGCUUGAUGUUGG